UCCGUUUGUCGCGUCAGCAGGCAGCCUCCUCCUGCCCGAGAUCUAGAGCAGAGCAGCAGCAGUUAUAGCGCCAGACAGCCAGCCACCAUCUCCACCAUCUUCCUCCUCCUACUCCGAUCGCAUUCGCAUCGCCAUCCCCCGCCGCCUGCUCCACGAUAAUCUGUAGGAAAUGGCUGACGGUGAGGACAUCCAGCCUCUUGUCUGUGACAAUGGCACUGGAAUGGUCAAGGCCGGUUUCGCUGGAGAUGAUGCGCCAAGGGCUGUUUUCCCUAGCAUAGUUGGUCGCCCUCGCCACACUGGUGUUAUGGUAGGGAUGGGACAGAAGGAUGCCUAUGUUGGUGAUGAGGCACAGUCCAAGAGAGGUAUCCUCACGCUGAAAUACCCAAUUGAGCAUGGUAUUGUAAGCAACUGGGAUGACAUGGAGAAGAUCUGGCAUCACACUUUCUACAACGAGCUCCGUGUGGCACCUGAGGAGCAUCCUGUGUUGCUCACUGAAGCUCCUUUGAACCCAAAAGCCAACAGAGAGAAGAUGACGCAGAUUAUGUUCGAGACUUUCAAUGUUCCUGCAAUGUACGUUGCAAUCCAGGCGGUGCUUUCCCUCUAUGCUAGUGGUCGUACUACUGGUAUUGUUCUCGACUCUGGUGAUGGUGUGAGCCACACUGUGCCCAUUUAUGAAGGAUAUGCGCUUCCUCAUGCCAUUCUUCGUCUGGAUCUUGCUGGUCGGGAUCUCACUGAUUCCCUCAUGAAGAUCCUGACUGAGAGGGGUUACUCCUUCACAACCUCUGCUGAGCGGGAAAUUGUAAGGGACAUCAAGGAGAAGCUUGCAUACGUAGCCCUUGAUUAUGAACAGGAGCUGGAAACUGCCAAGAACAGCUCCUCGGUUGAGAAGAGCUAUGAGCUGCCCGACGGUCAAGUGAUCACGAUCGGUGCCGAGAGGUUCAGGUGCCCUGAGGUCCUCUUCCAGCCAUCCAUGAUUGGCAUGGAGUCUUCUGGAAUCCAUGAGACCACCUACAAUUCCAUCAUGAAGUGCGACGUGGAUAUCAGGAAGGACCUGUACGGAAACAUCGUGCUCAGUGGGGGUACAACUAUGUUCCCAGGCAUUGCUGACCGUAUGAGCAAGGAGAUCACCGCCCUGGCUCCGAGCAGCAUGAAGAUCAAGGUCGUUGCUCCGCCUGAGAGGAAGUACAGUGUCUGGAUCGGAGGGUCCAUUCUAGCCUCGCUCAGUACCUUCCAACAGAUGUGGAUAUCGAAGGACGAGUACGACGAAUCUGGCCCGGCGAUCGUCCACAGGAAGUGCUUCUGAUUUCCGCGAGUGUGCCAUCGUUACCAUCUAGUCUUGUGUCAUGUUUGGUUCAUUCUUCUAGAUAUGUAUUGCAGAUUUGCAAGCUAUGUUUAUUUUUUUUCUUCCAGACAUGAGUACUCAGGAUAUGGUCAUGCCACUAUUAUAUAUGUGGUGGCUCCAUGUGCAAGUACACUAUCUAUGUUUGUGCAUGUCAGUAUGUGACUAUGUGUUUGUGAGAUCAGUUGUCAAACUUGCUUGGUUUGAUUUGUGGGAGCUGUCUGUCUGUAAUAGCUGACAAUUCUAUGAAUGCUCUAAGGGGAGUAUUAUGCUAAAUUUUGGAUUUGUUUGGGUCUGGAA